AUGCCUGUCAUCCCCGAGCCUGCUAGCUUCCCUACUGCCCACGGCAGUAACAAAGAUAGCCCUUCCAACUCCUCGGAGCAGAGAGACCCUGGCCAGGAUACAAAGAAAGCCUCGAUGCUCGAUCAUCUGUCAAAGGGCCCUCAGAUCCCGGACAACAUGCCACCCAAAGCAACAAAGGAAGAGAUUGAGGCGCGUAAGAAGGAGCUGAACCAGUGA